AUGUCUUUUCCCAAUCCGAACGCCAUAUCAAUCGUUGAGCUCUGGAUGCAGCUUCGGGAUGAAUUUGCACGAAGCCAGGAAGAAUCUAUGCUAUGCGAUCCUGAUAGGACCUUGAGUGACCCAGAUUGCACCAUGACCUCCCCCGUGGAUGCCCCUCGUGUAGUUUCAGACUCGGGCUUGCAUUCACCUGGCGGUAUUUUCGUUCAUUCUGCCGAAGACGUCUGUGUUGCAAAUCAAGAUGGUCUGUCGGUCGACCCCGAGUCAGACUUCUUCGUCAUGGGACAGUACUUUCACGAGCAUUAUACCCAUAUCUUCAACUCGUUCACUUUCCAGAUGGACAGUGCCACGAUCAGCUCCCAAACCAAUUCCGAGAGCCAGAAAGAUCAUGAGAUGAAGCAAAAAGACACAACUGGAGGCUCCUUUACUAACGACAUUAUUAAGAUGAUGUUUGUCUCCGGAGAGACAGCAGAGCCGUCCCCUGAGACUACCACUUUGAUCGAAGAGAUUACCCGACAACAAGUGAUCGAAAUUCUUACCCGCAGCACCGCCUUGGCAACUCGCCGUGGAGUUCGCUCGAUUUCUACUGACGACCUAAUUUUCCUGAUUCGCCACGAUAAGGCUAAGGUCUCCCGUCUACGAACCUUUCUAUCCUGGAAGGACGUCCGCAAGAACGUCAAGGAUUCCGACGACAAGGGUGGUGGUGACGCCGCCGAUUUUGCUGCCGCCGAUGAUGCAGCUGGUGUUGUUGCAGGCCCCGCAGACGUGGCCCCCAAGCCCAAGAACAAGCGCGCCAAGGUGGGACUUGCGUGGGAUGUCAACAGUUUCUACUCCGUCCAGGUCCCCGAGCGCGAAGACGAAGAGGACGAAGAAGAGGAAGAGCAGAACUACGCGACCCUCCAGCGUCUUGCAGCCGCUGAUGAACGCACCCGCCACAUGACCAGAGAGGAGUAUGUAUUCUGGUCCGAGUGUCGCCAGGCUUCCUUCACCUACCGCAAGAGCAAGCGAUUCCGCGAGUGGGCAGGCUUCGGCAUCGUGACCGAAUCCAAACCAAACGACGACAUUGUUGACAUCCUCGGAUUCCUUACCUUCGAGAUCGUCCAGACUCUGACUGAGGAGGCUCUCAAAGUCAAAGAGCGCGAAGAUAACGAGAAGCACCGUCGCGGAGGCGCCGAAGCUGGCGAGAACAUGAAGAAACGGAAGCGCGAGACCGGCCUGUUCGACCCGCCCGAGGAGGGGCGCACUCCCAUUGAGCCACGACACGUUCGUGAGGCCUAUCGCAAGCUGCAGGCUACUCCCCAAAAGGCCAAAGCUAUGCUGUUGCACAACGGCCGUGUUCCUUACCGUUUCCCUCUUGCUUUGAUUUAA